UCGGCGCUGUGACGAACACCAUCUGUCAAUUUAUCGAGGAAUUCUAUUUUAUCGUUCCACUAAUCCCAGUUCUUAGAGUGCCACUUUGUUUUCGUUAACGUGCGCACUCAGAAAAUUUGAUUGAGAGAUCAGGAAGUGUUCUGCGUUUCAAUAUUAUUCUAUAGAAAUUUGAUAAUAAUCAACGGUACAGGUGUAUGUCUUUUUGUUCGUUAAAUAUUGGAACCCAGUUGAUCCGAUAGACGUCCUGUUUGUUACGCUAAAUAUAAUUAAUAGCCAUGAAGUUUUCAACUUUCUUAAGUUUUGGAGAAGAAGAUUAAAUAGCUUUUACCUUUUAGAGAAGCCAAAUUUUGUUUAUUAAGAUAAGAUUGCUGAAUACUCUGAUAGUGCAUUUUUGUAUAAUAUGCAUAGUGUAAUAGAUAAGAUAUUAAACCUUUAUAUUGUUUAAAAAAACAGUUCAUUUAUAGACAUUUAUACAGGAUAGGAAUACGUCAAAUAUGACUUAGUAGCUUGUAGUACUUUUUAAGCUUUUGUUAUUUUUAUUAGGUCAUGACUUAGUCUACAUCCUUCCGCAUGAUAUCUACGUCUUUUAUAUCAAAAUUUUUCAUUUUCUACUAGUACAUGUUACAUUAUGAGAAAUACCGCAGUGUCUUCAGUACCGUGAACUAUUUCUACCUGAUUCGGGAGAUAUCAAAAUGCAAAAUGUGCUAACAAUAGUUCUAUAGAAAAGCCUUUCUAUGGGUGCAAAAGAGGAAAAAAGAAAAGACUGGUUCCACUAAUUUAUUCAGGUAUUCCAACAAGAUAAUCAUGGCGUAUCCAGAAAUAAUAAAACAACAGGAUAAUAUAAACCAAAUACAAAAGGAACUCAAGGAUAUCAAAUCAGAAAUUCAAAUAAUCAAAAAUAUAACUAGAAAACUAAAUCAAGAAUGCAGUAAUAUUAAUAUCGUAUCGUCCUCUACUAAGCUUGAUAAAUCAGCGCAAGAACGUAAACUUUUGACACUAGAUAAUGCAAAUAAUACAUUAGAAAACGUAUUGACGUACCAUGAUAUUCAUAGUGCUAUAUUUAUGGAACAAAGUGCGUUAAAUGAUAGUGAUAUUAAGGCUAAAACUGUAAUUCGAGAUUUAAGUAGCGAAAGUGAACAUAAGACGAAUCCUGAAACAAUAUAUCGAGAACAGAGCAUGAAUGUUAAAAAUCUUGCUGAACAAAUUUCAAAGCUCAGGGCUUCCCAGUCACCCAUAGCGAUCUCGGUCAGCCGCUGUCCCAUUUGGUCAUCGCUGGAACCUUUAAAAUUCAAAAGGUAUUGGGACAAUGAGGCAAAUGGAGUGCUCCUGAAUACCGGCCAAACAGCAUUCUUCACGUUAGACUCCACGAACCGGCCGUGUCUCAGCGGAGGUCCACUCAUCGGCGAGUAUAUAUUUGAGCAGAUGCACUUCCACUGGUCUGUCGACGACUUCACUGGAUGCGAGCACGUUUUGGAUGGACAUGGAUACGCGGCAGAAUGUCAUUUAGUGCAUUAUAACAGUAAAUAUGAAUCCAUGGAAGCCGCAGUAGCCCACCCGGACGGUCUGGCUGUGGUCGGUUUCCUACUGGAGGCGGUGGAUGUUCCGAACCCUUGCUUCGAUCAGUUCGUCGAAGGCCUGGACCUUAUCAAGAAGCGGGAUAAUGCAGUGCACUUACCCUCUGAAUCUUUGGCGUGGAUGGACAGAGCUGACGUCACCACUGGGAGCUAUGUCACCUACAAGGGUUCCCUGACUACACCGCCCUACACUGAAUGCGUUACAUGGAUCAUUUAUGAGAAGCCCGUACAAAUUGGAACUGAACAGCUGGGUCUUUUGAGGCAAUUGGAGGGAAAUGACAGUAACCCUAUUGAGAGGAACGUCAGGCCAACUCAACGACACCCACCCGGACACUCUGUUAUAUACGUGAAGCAAGUGAAAUCAAAACUGUGACCUGAUAUUUGUUUAAUUGUAUUGAAUAUACGUAUUUUUAUUA